CCCCCCCCCAGGCCGUAUCCUGUACCACUGUACCACCGCGUUGCUGGGGUGUUUUCUAACCUGACAGACAGGUCUGAGACAGCGAUGCCGUCAGUGUGCUAAGGAUGGAGAAAUCGAGUCUGUGCCUUGGCGUGUCCUCAGCUGUGUCCGAAGCGGACAAUGAUCUCAGCAGCGUGAUGUUCAACGGCCAGUACCCCACCGGCCAGAAGAGGCACCAUCUCACCUCUCAGCUGGGCCAUGGUUUCCCGGACUUCCUCAACAGGCAGCAGACCCCUGAAGAGAAAGCUGCCACCCCAUUGGACGAGAAGAGCCACGCAGUCCUGGCGAGCCCGCCCAUAAGCAGCCAAAUGGCACUGCUGGCCAAUCAGCUGAACCGGGACAUUGACGCCGGCGGCCUAGGCAUGAACGGCAGGGUGGACCUGCAGCAGUUCCUGAACGGGCAGAACCUGGGCAUCAUGUCCCAGAUGAACGACAUGGAGGACGACGCCCGCAAGAACAGGAAGUACCCCUGCCCGUUGUGCGGCAAGCGCUUCCGCUUCAACAGCAUCCUGUCCCUGCACAUGCGCACGCACACGGGCGAGAAGCCCUUCAAGUGCCCCUACUGCGACCACCGGGCGGCACAGAAGGGCAACCUGAAGAUCCACCUGCGCACGCACAAGCUGGGCAACCUGGGGAAGGGCCGCGGCCGUGUGCGCGAGGAGAACCGGCUCCUGCACGAGCUGGAGGAGAGGGCCAUCCUGCGGGACAAGCAGAUGCGGAGCAGCCUCCCGCAGGCCCGGCUGGACCCCCGGCAGCCGUGCCAGCCCUUCCAGCCCCACCAGCACCACCACCUGCCCCCGCCGCCGGCGCAGCAGCAGCAGCAGCAGCAGCAGCAGCAGCAGCAGCCCACGUCCGCCUGCGGCCUGCUCACCCCCAGCAGCCUGGGCACCCCGGAGAGCCUGUCCCAGCCCUCGCCCUCGCCGAAGCUGGCCAGCGGCCAGGACGAGCAGGCCGCCCCGCCGGCCUCCACGGGAUUCCGCUGCACCUUCUGCAAAGGCAAGUUCAAGAAGAGGGAGGAGCUGGAGCGGCACAUCCGCAUCUUGCACAAGCCCUACAAGUGCACGCUGUGCGACUUCGCCGCCUCGCAUGAGGAGGAUCUCAUUGGGCACGUGGAGAAGGCCCACAUCACGGCCGAGUCCGCCCAGGGCCAGGGCCUCGGCGGCGGUGGGUCCGGCGCCGCCGGGGAGAAACCCGCCAACGAGUUCCGCUGCGAGGUGUGCAGCCAGGUCUUCAGCCAGGCCUGGUUCCUGAAGGGCCACAUGCGGAAGCACAAGGACUCCUUCGAGCACUGCUGCCAGAUCUGCGGACGUCGCUUUAAGGAGCCGUGGUUCCUGAAGAACCACAUGAAGGUCCACCUCAACAAGCUGACUGUCAAGAGCAAGCCGUCGGGCGACCCGGAGGCCUCCAUCAACAUGGGCCGCCUGGCAGAUGAGACUCAAGCCAACCUCUACUCCCGCUACAUCUCCUGCCUGCAGGGCGGCUUCCUCUCUCCGGACAAGGUGGGCCUGACCGAACAGCACCCCCUGCUGUCCAAGGCGGGGAUCUCCAUGAAGGAGAAGGAGAUGCCAGGGAAGCUGAUGUCGUCGGUCACGGGCAUGGGCCAUGGCCUUUCAGAAAGAGAUAAGCACUCGCUCUUGGGCUGCCUAAACCUGGUUCCUCCACUGAAGUCAAGUUGCAUGGAGCGUCUGCAGGCUGCGGCCAAGGUGGCGGAGAUGGACCCCCUCAACAGCUAUCAGGCCUGGCAGAUCAUGGCUCGGGGGAUGGCCAUGGACCGGGCAUUCAUGCCCAAGGAGCAGCACCACAUGCCACACAUCGCAGAUGAGAACAUGGCAAAUGUGGGCGUGGCCUUUGCGAAGGAGAAGCCCGACUACCCAUCGAUGGGGUCUGGCGCUCCCAGGGCUAAGCUGCACACAGACGUGGCAAAGGAAGCCAAGGGCGGAUUGGCACCCUCUUGCAAGGAACCGGGGAAUUUCGACGGCGGCCGAGAGCUCCACGGGUCAUCCCACAGCAGUUCUGCCCAGAGUCUGGAGUACGGCCUGGCUGGCCUGAAGGAGAAGUUCACCGAGUGUCCCGACUGCGGGCGGACCUUUAGGACUUACCACCAGAUGGUGGUCCACUCCCGAAUCCACAGCAAGGAGCGGCAGCCCGCCGAAGGGGGGGUCCAUCAACGCCUCUGCCUGGACGAGCGCCGCGGAUCCGCCAGUGACCCCGAAUCUCAGUCCAUCAGCCGGUCCACCACCCCAGGCUCCUCCAACGUGACGGAGGACAGCGGACAGGGCGGAGCCCUCUCCCAGGCCGGCAGCAACCAGGAGGAUAGCCCUCACCCCUCCCCUCCAUCCUCAGAUGCUGGUGAUGAGGUGGGGAGACCAGCGGGGGUCCAGCAGUCCUCCCUCCAGCACAGAGACCGCGCCCCCGGGUCGGCCACCAAGGACUGCCCCUACUGCGGCAAGGCCUUCCGCACCUCCCACCACCUCAAGGUCCACCUGCGGAUACACACAGGUGAGAAGCCGUACAGGUGCCCAUACUGCGACUACGCGGGCACGCAGUCGGCCUCGCUGAAGUACCACCUGGAGCGCCACCACCGGGAGCGCCAGAACGGCGGGGGGCCCUCCUCCGGACACCCCCACGAGCUGAAGGAGGAGAACCCCACCGGCAAGAGCGGCGUCUUCAUCAGGCCGGACAUCCUGCGCGGGGUGUUCAAGAGCGUGCCUGGCGCUCUGGACCUCAGAGGUGCACAGAUGCUCCCCCACCACUGGGCGCCAAUGGGGGUGCUCUCUCCCCGGGACAGGGACCGAGAGCCCGACCGGGACCACCACGGGCUCACCGGCGCCGCGAUCUCGGAGAAGCCCCCCAAGACACCGAAAGUCCCCGAAGCCCUGGCGGAGGACAGGGCGGCCGGCUUCUCAGACCUGAGCCGGGUGUACCAGGGCAUGGCGGCCAACGGGGUCAACUUCCAGGCCUUCAUGGACGGCUUUGCCCUGAGCUCCCUGAGCAAGAGCAAGGACAUGCGAGAGAGGCAGCAGCAGCUCCUGCAGCAGCACUUCGGCCCGGAGGGCUCGGAGACGAAGGCAAAGAGAGGCGAGAAUGGGGAGGAGGGUCCCGAGGUCAAGCUCCCCAAAGGCAAGGCCCAGAAGUCUCAGUACGAGCCCCUCGACCUGUCCUACCGACCCGAGUCGGGCGCCCUGCCGGGCUCGUCCGUCACCGUGCGGGAGGGCGUGGCCUGGCACAGCUGCCUCUUCUGCCCGUUCUCCACCGCGUCCGUGGAGCUGAUGGGGCUGCACCUGGACGCCAACCACCUGGGCAGGGCCAAGCUGAAGGAGGGUGCCCUGGAGGAGAGGGGGUCCAGCCGGGAGCGGGCAGCGGAGGCGUCCGCCGCCAGCAAGCCCAGCCUGGCUCCCGCCGUCGUCCCUCACCAUGGCAACGAGGCGCUCUCCCUCAGACGGGCUCCCCAUACGGAGCAUAAGGCGGUCCAACAGGAGGCAGGCAAGGACCCAGCGGGGGGUCCGAGGAGCCCGGGCUGGCCGGAACACGUGGAUGGCGCCAGCGCAGCGGGGUUCGAGCGCGAGUCCUCCAAGCCAUUCGGCGCGUACGGCAUCCCCGCAGAACGUCCAACGCAGCUCGAGAGCGACCCCCUGGAGCCCCAAGGAGGGCGGGCGUUCACUUCUGACCAAUCAGGCGCGCUGGCGUUAGGCCCGUGCGACAGGGGCGCUGAGGCCGAUGACACCUGUGGCGGAACAGCAACACCUGAGCCAGAGCAGGUGAUGUCAGAGGAGGACGGCGAGGCCAUGGAGCAGGGGGCGGAGUCUGUCGGCGAGAGAGAUGAGGAUGAGGACGAUGGGGAGGAGCUGGAGGGAGAGGAAGGUGAGCAGGAGGAUGGCGAAGGUGGCAGCGAGCAUAUGCAGGCGCGUAGCGGCUCUCCCGUGAACCCCCAGCGGCUGGCGUCCACGGCCCCCCGCCAGUCGCCCCCCCCCUCUUGAGAGGCAGUGGCCGGGCUCCACUCUGCGGUCCUCCCCCGGGGCCCCCCCCCCACCUAGAGCAUCAGAUGAGCACGCUGUCUGUCCUGAGGGCCUACAGCGCGGAGAGCGCGGCGGCGUUUAAUGGCCCGGGGAACGUCCUGGGCGGCUCCAGCGGCGUGACCAGGGCGGACGCACUCGGUCAGAAGCCAUACCAGUGCAGAUACUGCCCCUACAGCGCCUCCCAGAAGGGGAACCUGAAGACCCACGUGCU